GUUCUAGGCUACCCCGUAUUAUGCCCGUGAGGAAAAAGACGGCGGCUUCUUACCUUCCCGCGGAGCGCCUCAAGUUCGUGUAGCCACGUGCAGCCUAACCUUCUACCUUCUCCCAUUCCGAGCCGUCAGGACGGAUGCGAAGAAGAGAGAAGACGGAGUGGCCCUGUCGGUGUUCGCGAGGCCUGCCAUCCGGACCGGCAGACCGAUCGCGAGCUGAAGCAUGACACACCCGCGACGACCUCAUUUCCUCCCCGAGCUUCUCUUCUGGCCACUGCAGAGAUGGCUCCCCUAGCAGCGCUGCCGGACGCCGCCGCCGUCCUGACUCCGCGCGAAUCCUCCCCACGGACCCCCGACCCCCGCGACCGACAGCUUCUGGCACUCAUGUCCGUCUCGCUCGGCGUGGCUUCCAUUAGCCUAGUAGCUACCCUAUUCGCUUUCUACUGGUUCGUCAGGAUGAGGCGGAGUUUCCGCCACGACUUGAUCCUGCUCCUCAUCCAGAGCGACAUGAUCAAGGUAUUCUGGCUCGCCAUCGGGCCGCUUGCCUACUUCUGCGGCGCGUCUUUUGACUCUCAGUCCGCCCUCUGCCAGGUCUCAGGCUUCUUUCUCGCUGUCGGCAUCGAGGCCUCCGACAUCGCCAUCCUGCUCCUCACCGCGCACACCGCCCUAUCCAUCCUGCGCCCCCAGCGCGUGACCGCCGGUGCUGCGGCCGCCGGCCUCCUCCCGUACCGUCGCGUCGUCUACGUCGCCUGGGCAGCUGUUUCCCUCUUGCUCGCUACCCUCGUCCCCGCCACUGGUGGCCGCUUUGAACGGGCCGACGGCGGCAGCGCCGCCUACUGCUAUCUGCCUGAACAACCGACCUGGUACGCCAGCGCUCUUAGCUGGAUUCCGCGCUACGUCAUCUUCGGCGUCAUCGUUGCCACCUACACCUGUCUGUAUGUUUACGUCCGGUUUCAGAUCCGCCGCUUCGGCCGCGACCAGAGGCGCGCGAGCCUGCCGCGCGGUUCAGACCGCGGGAUAAAAAAGCACAGCCGCAAGCGUGAUGGCGGAAGCGGCGGGACGGUGACGACGUCACCACAGCGGGCACUUCCGCCCCCGACGCCCCCAAUCGCCGACCACGGGGGCCUUCUCGCCUCAGCACGGCCUAGCCUAGCCUUAGCCGCGGGCGAACGGGCGCCAGCCGCGAAGGGCCGCCAGCGCUCCGUGGCCUCAACUAUUAGCACCCUGACAAUCAGCGCCACAGAGCCGAAGCCGCCCGAGCAAGCACGAAGGAGCUCCAUUCGGUGGAACACCGUGGACUUCGGCGGUCAGGACCCGACAACGACGAUGCUGUGCGAGUCGAGUCUGCCCGCAGCAGUGGGUCCUACUUCGCCAACACUACUACCCGUCACACCGAUUGAUAGUCCUUCGCCCACAUACCAGGCCCAUAAUGGUCCUCCCGCCAUCGAUCCCUGCUCCCCCGUUCGCUCUCCGCAGCACAGGGCUGAGUCUCCAGAGGCACGCGCACCAGUCCCUUGGACUCGCUCCCUAUCCACCGGGUCGUGCAGCCCCGAGGAUUCGGUGCUGCGGCGCGUCGUGGACAGCAUCUCGCGGCGGGGCACCGUGACCCAUAUCCCUACCCCUGCUUCUGCUUCUGGUACAAGUCCUCCGACAGCGCCCGACGACGAGAGGGGUCAUGGGCAGGACGGAGUAGAAGAAGAACAAGGUGGUGACAACGCCGUGUACCUCUCUCCAGCCGAGACCGACUCUGCGAUGCGCUGUGCUCGCGCCCGCCAGCAGCGUCAGCUACGGCUACUAUUCGCGUACCCGGCGGCGUUCGCCCUCGCGUGGGCGGCGCCGCUCGCAUGCCACGCCGUACAGCUCUCUUCUCCCGCCCCAUCAUCUUCGGGCCCGCCCUUCGCCCUUCGCCUCGCUGCGGCCGCGACCCUGUGCGCCGCCGCGGCCGGUGACUGCGUCUUCUUUGGAGUGUGGGAACGGCCCUGGCGGCACCCACGCAGUGGGUUUUGGGAGGGCCUUGGGCGCCGGUUGCGAUUCCCGGGGUCAGAUUCGGGGAGGGGGUGGGGUAUCUGGAGUGGUGGUGGUAGCAGCAAUACGGGAGGUGGCGGCGGAAGUUGUAGAGGAACUAAUGCUUGCAGGGGUGGGAGACCAGAAGCGGGAAGGAGGAGUAGAAAGACGAGGAUAAGGUGGAGAAGAAUGGGGGGGCGCUCGGGCGAGGAGAGGGAGGGAGGAGAGGACCCCGAGAGCGAGGCCGUGCGCGGGAGCCGGAGGAGCAGUAGAGACUUCCUUGCCACCGCUACUAUCGCGGGAGUCGGACGGAUGAGUGGCAUAACCGCUGCUACGGCUACUGCUGGCGCAACUGCGUCACGGAGGCGUGAGUGGUGGGAUGUGGUGGAUGUGGGUUCCAUAUUCGACGACGACGACGACUAUGAACGUUACGGUGCCGAUGGUAAUGAUGCCGGUAACGAAGACGACUCCUCCGCUACCGUCACGGCUACUGCGUCUGCCCCCGGCUCGAUAGCGGGGGAUCCCCGAUCAGAACGACGCGAGGACGAGAGCAGGGCGUGAAACGAAAGAAGGGGACGCCAGGGAAUAAUACGGGCAGUAAUUAACGACGAUUACGACGGUAACGAUAAGCACGGAAAUAGGGGCCACGCUGAUGACGACCCGUAUGAGUGGAAGAGCCCCGGGAUGAGAUGCCGUUAACGACCGAAGAACAGAGAGGAGGGGGUGGGGCGGGCCGCCUCGAUAGAGCCUAAAGGGCUGUAAACUGCGCAGAGUCUUUCAUAUUUGGCAUCGAAACAGGAGGGUACGACAGGAC